ACGUGCAUCGAAGGCAAACAGCGUGUCGCCCCGUACCCACAAAAGUCGCUCACCGAAGUCGCCAGAAUCGGCAAUCUGACCGUCUGGGACGUCUGGGGCCCCGCGCGCAUCAGACGCAUUCACGGUGAAUUCUAUUUCACACAAUUCACAGAC